AGGAAGUCGGGGAGGGGGCGGGCCUUGACCCUGGGCUGGGCUUUCCCCUGGGCAGGUCCCAAGUCCUCACCUCCCCUCUCAAGUCUCCCACGACGUUCCCACCCGCUCCUGAGAGCAGAGCUGGCCGCAGCCAUGACCCCGCAGCUUCUCCUGGCCCUUGUCCUCUGGGCCAGCUGCCCGCCCUGCAGUGGAAGGAAAGGGCUCCCAGCAGCUCUGACACUGCCCCGGGUGCAAUGCCGAGCCUCUCGGUACCCGAUCGCCGUGGAUUGCUCCUGGACCCUGCCGCCUGCUCCAAACUCCACCAGCCCCGUGUCCUUCAUUGCCACGUACAGGCUCGGCAUGGCUGCCCGGGGCCACAGCUGGCCCUGCCUGCAGCAGACGCCAACGUCCACCAGCUGCACCAUCACGGAUGUCCAGCUGUUCUCCAUGGCUCCCUACGUGCUCAAUGUCACCGCCGUCCACCCCUGGGGCUCCAGCAGCAGCUUCGUGCCUUUCAUAACAGAGCACAUCAUCAAGCCCGACCCUCCAGAAGGCGUGCGCCUAAGCCCCCUCGCUGAGCGCCAGCUACAGGUGCAGUGGGAGCCUCCCGGGUCCUGGCCCUUCCCAGAGAUCUUCUCACUGAAGUACUGGAUCCGUUACAAGCGUCAGGGAGCUGCGCGCUUCCACCGGGUGGGGCCCAUUGAAGCCACGUCCUUCAUCCUCAGGGCUGUGCGGCCCCGAGCCAGGUACUACGUCCAAGUGGCGGCUCAGGAGCUCACAGACUACGGGGAACUGAGCGACUGGAGUCUCCCCGCCACUGCCACGAUGAGCCUGGUUCUCGAUUUCUUGGAAAACCGGAAAAACAACUUAGUUUCAGCUUGGUGUAAAACUUCUGCAUGAAGGACUUUAUUUUGGUUUAGUUUUUUGGGCCUAGUGCAGGAGCUGAGUCCAAACCAGUGGCUUCCUGUAAACUUUAUUUAACACCAUUCCUUGUCCCAUAUUAUUGCCUUCCUGGUGCCAGAAAAAGGGGUCCCUAGCUGGGCGUGGUGGCUCACACCUGUAAUCCCAGCACUUUGGGAGGCUGAGGUGGGUGGAUCACCUCUUGAACACCUCAGGAGUUCAAGACCAGCCUGACCAACAUGGAGAAACCCCGUCUCUACUAAAAAUACAAAAUUAGCCGGAUGUGGUGGCACAUGCUUUUAAUCCCAGCUACUUGGGAGGCUGAGGUAGGAGAACAGCUUGAACCUGGGAGGCAGAGGUUGCGGUGAGCCGAGAUUGUACCAUUGCACUCCAGCCCGGGCAACAAGAGCAAAACUCCUCAAAAAAAAAAAAAAAAAAAGAGAA